AUGUUCAACACACGAGAUUCACACGACCCGUAUUACGAUACAGCCAUAUUCUCAAACCCUGCAUUCGAGCCCAAAGGGCCUAGGAGCCCGUUGGUGUCAAAAGACACCGGACACUUCGUCAACGCAGGGUCAACGCUGAGCUCAAGCCCUGCCGCAAGGGUGAGCGCCAGGAAGCGACGGAAUGCCAAAUCUUUGCAAAACGAGUUGCCGUCGGCUUUGGAUACCUCUCCGCAACAUCAGCGGAGUGCAUCUACCCAAGCUAACUCUCCUUCCACGACCCCGGUUGUUCGCGGAAUACCCCUCGUCAGCCUACGCCAGGCCUUGCCAGACAAAUUCCGGGCCAUAUUCCCAUAUGAGCUUUUCAAUGCCGUCCAGUCAAAAUGUUUCGAUACUGUCUACCGCACUAAUGACAACCUUGUGGUUGCCGCCCCCACCGGCAGCGGCAAGACGGCGAUCAUGGAGUUAGCUAUCUGCAAGCUAGCUCUCGACCGAGGAAAUGAGAAUUUUAAAAUCAUAUACCAAGCCCCUACCAAGGCCCUGUGCUCUGAGAGAGCUCGUGACUGGGAAAAGAGGUUUGGCCACAUGAACCUCAAGUGCGCGGAGCUGACCGGAGACACUUCACCAGCCGAGAUGCGGCGCGUCGGUGAUGCUUCUAUCAUCGUUACAACUCCUGAGAAGUGGGACUCCAUCACCCGGAAGUGGCAAGAUCACCGACGACUUCUCCAGAUGGUAGAGCUAUUUCUCAUCGACGAGGUCCAUAUUCUGAAGGACGUUCGUGGCGCGACCCUCGAGGCCGUGGUCUCGCGAAUGAAGGCCAUUGGAGCCAACGUACGGUUCAUUGCCCUCAGUGCAACAGUUCCCAAUUCGGAGGACAUUGCAAGAUGGUUAGGCCGCAACCAUACAAACCAGCAACUCCCCGCCUACCGCGAGGCAUUUGGUGAAGACUUCCGCCCAGUCAAACUGCAAAAGUUUGUCUACGGCUUCGAAAGUACUAGCAAUGAUUUCAUGUUCGACAAGUUUCUCGACCAGAAGCUUCCGGGACUGCUCUCCAAACACGCCGAGCACAAGCCGAUUCUUGUUUUCUGUUUCACUCGGAAAUCGUGCGAAAGCACCGCAGCUAUGUUGGCGGAAUUCGCAGCCGACAGACCGGAACGCGACAAGCUCUGGCCUGUGCCUUCCCAAGGGAUAUCUGUCAUGAGCAGAGAACUGCAGGAAACCAUCGGGUUUGGCGUAGCCUUCCAUCAUGCUGGACUCGAUGCACAAGAUCGGAGCGCCGUCGAACAGGGCUUUCUUACCGGCCAGCUGGGCGUCAUUUGCUGCACCUCCACCUUGGCCGUAGGCAUCAACCUGCCCUGUCACACCGUCGUCCUCAAGGGUACGGUGGGCUUCACAAACGAAAAGCUGGAAGAAUACUCUGAUCUCGAAGUCAUGCAGAUGCUUGGACGCGCGGGUCGACCACAGUUCGAUGACAGCGCGACAGCCAUCAUUCUCACCCGCGGCGCCAACAAAGAGCGGUAUCAGAAAAUGGUGUCGGGACAGGAGAUUUUGGAAAGCACGCUGCACCUGAACUUGAUUGAGCACCUCAACUCCGAGAUCUGUUUGGGAACCAUCCAAGAUCUACCAUCCGCAAAGAGAUGGCUCGGUGGCACCUUUUUGAGUGCGAGACUCAGACGCAAUCCUAGUCACUACCACCUCUCAGGUGGAACCAGAAACCCAUUCCAGAUCGACGACAAACUGGAAGAGAUUUGCGAGCGUGACAUUAGGCAACUUCAGGAAGCGCAACUGGUAACAGACCAAGACACAUUUCGCUGCACCGAGUAUGGACGUGCAAUGUCCAAGUAUAUGGUGGAGUUCCAGACAAUGAAACUUCUCCUGCAAAUUCCUCGCGGUGCUGGGAUGGAGACAUUGGAGCCGGUGACCCAGACGCGACACAAGGUUUCCCUAAUAGUCCAAGCUCAUCUAGGAUGCGUGCAAUACCCUGAUUCUAAUGACGCAGUCAAGCUCAGACGUCAACUCAUGAUUGAGCGGAAGCUGGUUUUCGAACGACUGAGCCGCCUGGUACGAGCUGUCAUUGAUUGCAAGGGAUAUGACCGCGAUUCAGUGGGGACAAAGACAGCCCUUGAACUUGCGCGAGGGCUUGCGGCUGAGUCCUGGGAAGGACGUGCCACCCAGCUUACGCAGGUUCCAAGCAUCGGGCCCGUGGGGAUGAGAAAGCUGGCGAGCAAGGACAUCCACACCGUUCUGCAACUUGCCGACAAGGAUCACGACGAGAUUGAGCGGUUGAUGUCACGCCAGCCGCCCUUCGGCAAGAACCUACAGGCCCAGCUUGACAGGUUUCCCCGCCUACACAUGGAGGCAGCUGUCGUCGGCCAUAAGGUCCAGCGUAGAGCCGAGGAGCCUGUCUUGAUUGAAGUCAAGGCCACUCUCAGAUACCUGAAUCCCAAAGGUCCUCCAAACUGGCUGGGCCGCUCACCAGCUCUAACAUUUCUAGCGGAGACUCACGGCGGAGUCCUGGUGUACUUUUGGCGCGGGAGUAUUAGAAAGCUUGACAAACAGGCGGGCCUCGAACUCAAGUUCUCUGUCGGUUUACGUGAUGUAAAUGAACAAAAUUUUUGUCAUUUCAGCUGUGAGGAAAUAGUCGGAACAAUGGUAUCAACGGCCAUCGAACACAAUAUCCCAGCCUCUGUGUUUCCGUCGCGACAGAUUGCAGAAAACAGAGGGCUCGAUCGGCGGAGGGACAAAGACUCCCAGGACUACCUUGAUAAUGACGGAAUCGACGACUCGGACCUCAUCCUAGUCGCUGAACAAGCGGUGGUCCACGCCUCAAAUACACAUGGAGCUGGGGGCAAUUCUCGGGUGGUUUCGGACGAUUAUUCAUUGGUUGAGGAGCUGGCUGUGCAGAGUUACUCAAAAGAGGCAGACAAGUUCAACGACCAUCUGGCGGGCUGCAAUAAUGAAGACGGCAGCAAUUCGUCACAGAUGGUUAACUCAGAGGCCGUUCGGUUGCCGAACGGCAAAUGGCGUUGCAAUCAUCCCUGUAGCGGAAACGCCCCCACGAGAUCUGGCAAGCCAUGCAGCCACCGAUGCUGCAGAGAGGGCCUGGACAAGCCCAGCAAACUUGGGCCGCAGCGGCAAAAGAGGAAGAGACAGGAGUCCGCCGUAGAUGGCGGGGACGAGCCAAAUAGGAACCGGUCUUCCCGAAACCGCCCACCGCAGCAAGCAGAGGUGAUGGCACGCAUAUCAGCAGGUCCAAAGGCUAAACGCCCAAAUGUCGAGGGGAAGGUUGAGGGGACGCCACAAAUGUGUCAACUGGGUCCCAGUCCGCCGCUCAAGAGCUCUUCCAGGGAGCCAAUGAACGACUGGAGCGACGUGGAUCUUGACGAUAUGGACAUAGAUUACAUCGACCUCUCCUUCAUGGACGAUGGUAAUGAAGAGGACAUUCUCAAAACGGCAACUACCAUGUCUCCGCCCAAUAUGGGGGGUCACACUCUGGGGACUCGGGUGAGCGCUACCGACCCUGGCGCUCAGAGCUCAAGCCGAGGCGAUGGUCAACUGGUCGUGGCGAUACCCUUGAAGGAAAAUGACGACAUAGGCAACUCAUGUCUGGAGAGUUGCGAUUAUUAUUUCCAACCGGGCGGUCUCUCUCCGAACAACUGCACGGUGGCGCAAGCUGAAGCAAGGGCAUUCAAGUCCGGGGCUAACGAUGAAGUGCUCUGCGAAGAGCUGUCAAACAAGUCGUCCGAGGCAACUACCAGCUUUUCAGAGCGCAAUAGUCACAGGGACACGGGAGCAACACCUUCAGGAGAAACUAAAUCCGGGCAUCCGGGUUCUUCCGUCUCCGUUGACCUUCCAGAGAUGACCUUGGAACAGUCUCCUGGUAGUUCUGCAGCAGCUGAACCAACCAGGUCCCUCAUCGUUAGAGAUGCAGCCGAGGCAGCUACGGGCGAUGGAAGCUCAAAGGGGCGACCUGCUAAGAGAGUUGACGAGCCUGACUGGGUCGCCGAAUUUGAUCCUGAGUUUGUUGACAUGUUCAGGGGUUAUGUCACGUUUGUAUGA